GGAUUCGACUCCGGGUCUGUAACACAAAGCAAACAGUCAGAGGAAGUCACGAAACAGAGCAAAAGGCUAUCACCCACCUUCUCUCCCUUGCUCCGCACUCCAUCCCCCCAAACUGCGGCCGAGGAGAAACCCUGAAACUGAAACUGAAAAUCCACUUCCAAAACCGCGUAAGGAAUUCUCAUAACAAUCGCUUGAUUGGCAAAGUGAGAGCUUCAAGAUUCCAUAGGCAACAAGAACGAAACGAUGGAGGAUAGUGGAGUAGCAAGCAAUGUGGCUGCCGCCAUUGCCGCUGCUUUGGACUGGAGCUCUUCUCCUGACGCCCGUAAAGCCGCUUAUGAUUAUAUCGAAUCCGUAAAAGCAGGGGAUGUACGUGUUUUGGCAAGCACAUUAUUUAUUUUAGUGAGGAAAGAUUGGUCUUCUGCAAUCCGACUACAAGCGUUUAAGAUGCUCCAGAAUCUAGUGCGGUUGCGGUGGGAUGAAUUAAACUCCACUGAGCGAAGAAAUUUUGCAAAUGUGGCUGUUGAUUUAAUGUCAGAUAUUGCAAAUCCUUGUGAAGAGUGGGCUGUGAAAAGCCAGACUGCUGCUCUAGUUGCUGAGAUAUUAAGGAGGGAAGGCUUAGGUUUAUGGAAGGAGCUCUUUCCAUCACUACUAUCUUUUUCAGACAAGGGCCCUAUACAUGCAGAGUUGGUUUCAAUGGUGCUAAGGUGGCUUCCCGAAGAUAUUACUAUUCACAAUGAAGAUUUAGAAGGUGACAGGCGUAGGAUGUUGCUACGUGGGCUUACAGAAUCUUUACCUGAGAUUUUUCCCUUACUGUACACUUUACUAGAAAGACACUUUGGAGCUGCACUGGCUGAAGCAGCAAGACAACAAUUGGACAUGGCUAAACUACAUGCAACAACAAUAACAGCUACCUUAAAUGCUGUAAAUGCAUAUGCUGAGUGGGCUCCCUUGCCUGAUUUGGCAAAACAUGGAAUAAUUCAUGGCUGCGGUUUCUUACUAUCUUCUCCUGACUUUCGUCUCCAUGCAUGUGAGUUUUUCAAGCUUGUCUCCUCAAGGAGAAGACCUAGUGAUGCUACUUCUGAGUUUGACUCUGCAAUAUGCAAUAUUUUUCAAAUUUUAAUGAACAUCUCCAGAGAGUUGCUGCAGAAAUCUAGUGCUGGUGCCAAUUUUAAUGAGAAUGAAUCUGAGUUUGCUGAAUGCGUAUGUGAAAGUUUGGUGUUGUUGGGUUCUUCGAACUUACAAUGUAUUAGUGAUGACACAACUAUUCUCUCAUUUUACCUUCAACAGAUGCUCGGAUUUUUCCAACACUAUAAGUUUGGACUUCAUUAUCAAUCUCUUUUAUUUUGGCUGGCACUAAUGAGAGAUUUGCUUUCCAAGCCAAAGAUUGCAUCUGGGGAAAGUUCUGUUAACAACACAGGUGCAGUAUCAGAAGGUGUUGACAUGGAAAAGAAAAAAAAAUUGACUUUUGUAAAUGAUGAAAUUUGUAGCUCUAUAUUGGAUAUAUCAUUCCAACGGUUGCUCAGGAAGGAAAAGAUUCAUCCUCAAACUUCAUUCUCUCUUGCGGCAUUAGAGUUGUGGAGUGAUGAUUUUGAGGGAAAAGGAGAAUUUGGCCAGUACCGUUCUAGGCUGUUGGAAUUGAUUCGUUUUGUUGCAUCUGACAAGCCCGUUAUAGCUGCCACUAGGGUUUCUGAGAGAAUAAUGGCAAUUCUUAAAAGCAUGCUACUUAUCUCAGUGCCCGCACAGGAAUUGGCUAUUCUUGAAAGCAUGCAGUUGGCUCUAGAAAAUGUUGUAAAUGCAGUUUUUGAUGAUUUUGAGAGGAGAAGUUCUGAUGUCCAAAUUUCAUUGUGCAGAAUAUUUGAAGGUCUACUUCAGCAACUUCUUUCUUUGAAAUGGACUGAACCGACACUUGUAGAAGCCAUUGGGCACUAUUUAGAAGCAUUGGGGCCCUUUUUGAAGUAUUAUCCAGAUGCAGUUGGCAGUGUCAUAAAUAAACUGUUUGAGCUUUUGACCGCUCUGCCUUUCGUUGUUAAGGAUCCUGCUACAAGUACUGCACGACACGCUAGAUUGCAUAUUUGUACCUCUUUUAUCCGAAUAGCCAAAGCAGCAGAUCACAGCAUUCUUCCUCACAUGAAAGGAAUUGCAGAUACAAUGGCAUAUUUGCAGAAAGAAGGCCGUUUACUUCGUGGGGAACAUAAUCUUCUCGGAGAAGCAUUUCUUGUUAUGGGGUCUUCUGCUGGGGUGGAACAGCAGCGAGAAGUUUUGGCCUGGUUGCUUGAACCAUUAAGCAAGCAGUGGACACAAACUGAAUGGCAAGAUGCAUAUCUCUCUGACCCAGCAGGCUUCAUUCGAUUGUGUGCAGACACACCAACUAUGUGGUCUGUUUUCCACACAGUUACAUUUUUUGAAAAGGCUCUAAAAAGGAGUGGUACUCGCAAAGGGAAUACAAAUUCACAAAGCUUGCAAAUAUCAGAUUCUCUGCACCCAAUUGCUCCUCAUCUCUCAUGGAUGCUGCCUCCUCUUCUUAAGCUGCUUCGAGCUAUGCAUUCUCUUUGGUCACCACCUGUGAUGCAAGCAUUACCUGGAGAAAUAAAAGCUGCAAUGAUUAUGAGUGAUGUUGAUAGAGGCAGCCUUCUUGGGGGAAUGAACCUCAAACUGCCAAAAGGGCCUUUAAGUUUUACCGAUGGAUCUUCUUUUGAAAACAGGGAAGGUUAUUCGGAGCCAAAUGAAACUGAUAUACGCAAUUGGCUGAAAGGCAUAAGGGACAGUGGGUAUAAUGUGGUGGGCUUGUCAGCAACCCUUGGGGACUCAUUUUUCCGAGGCCUAGACUCUGAGUUUGUUGCUUUAGCACUGAUGGAAAAUAUACAGUCUAUGGAGUUCAGGCAUAUAAGACUUAUCGUUCAUUCGAUACUGAUUCCCUUGGUUAAAAAUUGUCCUCCAGAUCUUUGGGAGGCAUGGCUUGUAAAGCUACUGCAGCCAUUACUUCAGCAUUCUCAACAGGCUCUUAGUUGUUCAUGGUCUAGCCUAUUACAGGAAGGGCGAGCGAAAGUUCCUGAUCUACAUGGGAUAAUUGCUGGAUCAGACUUAAAAGUGGAAGUAAUGGAAGAAAAACUUCUUCGAGAUUUAACACGAGAAAUUUGUUCGCUGCUCUCUGCUGUUGCUUCGCCAAGUUUGAAUCCUGGACUCCCUUCAUUAGACCAAUUUGUCCAUGCAAAUCGGGUGGAUGAAUCAACUGUCAAAGACUUGGAUGUAUUUGCACCGAGCUCUAUGGUUGGAUUUCUGUUGAAACACAAAAUUGUUGCGGUCCCAGGUUUGCAGAUCAGUUUAGAGGCUUUUAGAUGGAGUGAUGGUGAAUCUGUAGCUAAAGUUUCUGCCUUCUGUGGGGCCAUAAUUGUGUUGGCCAUCUUAACAAAUUAUAAUAAUGUGGAAUUGAGAGAUUUUGUUUGUAAGGAUCUGUUUUCUGCACUCAUUGAAGGUUUAACUCUCGAGUCCAAUGCUUUUAUAAGUGCCGAUUUAGUUGGGCAUUGUCGUGAAAUCUUCAUUUAUCUCGCUGAUAAACAUCCGGCACCAAGACAGAUUAUACUGUCUCUUCCUCAGAUUACGCCCCAAGACCUCCAUGCUUUUGAAGAAGCUUUGACGAAAACCAGUAGUCCCAAGGAACAGAAACAGCAUAUGAAAAGCUUGCUGUUAUUAGCAACAGGAAACAAGCUAAAAGCACUCGCCGCUCAGAAAGCUGUGAAUGUCAUCACCAAUGUGUCAAUGAGGCCUCGCAAUACGACUGCUACUCAAGAACCGAAAGCUGAUGGAGGAGAAGCCAUUGGUUUGGCUGCAAUUAUGUAAGAGGACGGAACUAAAAUUGGCAGAUCUUUGUACAGAUAGGAGUCGAGUCGAGUCGUAUUAGAAUAGUCAUACCUCACUUAUCAGCCUCAACAGUCGGUGGUGAUAUUUUUGGUCUGAUGUAUCUGAAUCUCAUUAUUUUGGUUGUGGUUGUUGUUGUACAUUCUUUGGAUGUACAUUCCUUGGACUGCUGGGUUGGUUUGGUGUUGUGUGGGUUAUGAGAUGCACAUUCUCUAUGCAUUAUUAUGUAUUUCAGUACUUGGAGUGGUACUCUGCAGUAUGAUGUAUGCUUUUGCUUCAUAAUUUUCUUCAUAUCCUCCAACUACUACUUCAAAGUGUCAGGUUGGACUAAGGAUAUAGGAUUGAGUUAUGUCUUGUGGGGUAUACUAAUGGGCUGCCAAGUUAUCGUGA